GAAGUUUUUUACCGUAAUAUUUAGAUGAUAUGGACAGCGGCUAGGCUUCAUACCGUAGACAUUGUUGUUUAUGUAAAGUAAUACGUUUCUAGUCGGUGUUUUACGUUCGAAAUAUAUAAAUAUGUAUUUUUAAAUGCGUUCUAACUCGAGUGUUGCACUUUUGACUGCGGAUUCGGUGCACACGUGUUUUUGCGCUGAUAAUCCGGACAUUAAUUCUGCUGGGUGGAUCACAGCUGAUCUCUUAUAGGCUCGUGUGACCUUUUUUAAGAAGCGUGCUUGAAGUUUCCCUUUACGACCUUGAAUAUUGUUAUUAUUAUUAUCAAAGAUGUUGGCGGUGCGCUCCCUGAUCCUCAGACCUUGCUCCUAUCUGCUGAAGCCUCCAGUAGGUCUCCUUGCUCAGCCAGGAGCUUUGAGCUUCCUUCACACCAGUGCCAAAUGCAACAACGCCAAAGUAGCAGUGGUGCUGUCUGGAUGCGGAGUAUAUGAUGGUACAGAGAUCCAUGAGGCAUCAGCAAUCCUGGUGCAUCUGAGUCGUGGCGGUGCUGAGGUCCAGAUGUAUGCUCCUGAUGUGGCACAGAUGCAUGUUAUAGACCACAGCAAGGGGCAGCCUUCAGAGGAGUCCAGGAACGUGCUUAUUGAGUCGGCACGCAUCGCCAGGGGAAACAUUACUGACCUGGCUAAGCUGAGUGCCAGUAACCAUGAUGCAGUCAUCUUCCCUGGAGGCUUUGGUGCUGCGAAAAACCUGUCAACAUUUGCAGUCGAUGGAAGCAACUGUGCAGUGAAUACAGAUGUGGAACGUGUUUUGAAGGACUUCCAUAAAGCAGGCAAGCCAAUCGGGUUAUGCUGUAUCUCUCCGGUGCUGGCUGCAAAGGUCCUCCAUGGGGUAGAAGUGACCGUGGGCCAUGAGGAAGAGGAGGGGGGAAAGUGGCCAUAUGCUGGCACUGCUCAGGCCAUCACGGCAUUCGGGGCCAAACACAAAGUCAAGGAUGUCACCGAGGCUCAUGUUGACCCUAAGAACAAGGUAGUGACCUCUCCUGCAUUCAUGUGUGACACGCAGCUGCACCUGAUCUUUGACGGGAUUGGUUCUAUGGUCAGAGAUGUCCUGAAGCUGACUGGGAAAUAAGUGCCCAACGAAUUUCUUCAAAAAGCUGAGAUUACACUGAGACACACAAACAUAUAGUAUAUACUACAUGCAUCUUAAUUUUUUUUUGUGAAAGAACAAGCAAAAGCAUUAUAAUCAUUUUAAUGAAUUUCACUUUUGGUUGUUAAAACUGCAGUUGAAAUGCUGACUACAAAUUAUGCCUAAUUAUCAGUAAAGCCUUACUUGACCCCUAGAGAACCCCGGCAUGAUUAAAGUGACAGACAUGAUCAACCAAAA